CGCGCCGGGAGAGCGCCCGAUGGAGCAGCGCGCCCGCCGCAGUUGGAAAAAAAAGUGCAAAGGAGUUGUUUCCCUCUAUUGGCUCAUCUUCAUUGUACCUUUCCCAUUCUGCUUCCUCCUCCUGAUGAUCCCCAAGUGAAGAUGAGUGACCUGCUGUGAAUAUGACAUCUCUGACAAGUGUCAUUGCCUCCCACCAGUCCGAGUGGGUGUCCUUCACUGACGAGCUGCUCUUCCCUGUUCACCCACGAGGAAGCACUGAGGCUCCUCCGGUGAAAUGUUUAAAUUCCUCAGACACAUCAUCAGAGGAGAAUCACAAUGCAAAUGGAGAAUUUCAAGACCUUUUCUGCACAGAGCUGGAAGAGGCAGCUGAGCAGCCCAAGCUGGAUUCUGCUGUGCUUGGUAGCCAUGAUCUCUCAUCAUCCAUCAGUUCUUGGGUUCAAUUUGAAGAUGCACCAUGGACCAGUGCUUCAUCAACCCACCCACAAACAGUGUCUGCAUCAAAAGCACCCAGCUGGACUUCCCCCUCUUCCAACUCUUCUGAGAGGCAAGCCCGUGCCUCAGAGAGCAGCUGGACAACCAACUCAGAGGACACCAGCAGCCCAAGCAUUGCUCCCUCCUACACAGACCUGCAGUCACUCAAUACCGAGGAUUUGACCAGUGGUAGAACAUCUGCAGCAGAUUCAGCUGACAAUUCCUCAUCUCUCCAGGAAGAUGAAGAGAUAGAUAUGGAGGCUGUCAACUGGCAGCUGAACAACACCUCCAUGAAUGGCCAUUCAUCUACCCCAACCACAGUUCGCUUUCCCAGCUGGGUGACUUUUGAUGACAAUGAAGUCAGUUUUUCACCGCAGAGCCUUUCUCCCUUGAAAACAGAUACCCCACCUGCAGAAACACAGACUCCAGAUGUUAACUUUAAUCUCACUACAUCCUUAAAGAAAAGAGAACGUCCUAAAAGCACACUGGGAGACCUCUCCAAAAUUCAAAAAUUAGAUCUUUCCUCUUUAACCAAGUUGCCUUCUGUUGAAACACCACCAUGGAGUGCUACCAAUCCCUUUCUGGAUGAAUCGCUUCGAGAUGUCCAACCCUCACCCAUCAAUCCAUUCAGCUCAUUCUUUGAGGAGCAAGAGAGGCGUUCCAAAAGCUCUUCUGUCUCCAGCGCUCCAGGCAAAAGCCAAAGAGACUCUCUCAUUAUUCUCCAUCAAGAGCCUGAUACCAUCAGUUUCCAUGAGGGAAACAAAACUGUAACCCACACAGAUGCAGUAGAGCAGCUCAAACAGCUCCAGAUUGGAGACCCAGAUCGUGUGAGUGGUCCUACCUUGCCUGAUGAUGACCCCAUGAUGCCAUAUGAUCUGGAGGCAGCUUUUUUUAACCUGGCACCAGCUCAGCCAAAGGAUGGAUGGCCAAUGAUGCUGAGGAUCCCAGAGAAGAAGAACAUUAUGUCAUCCAGGCACUGGGGACCAAUAUAUGUCAAGCUGACCAACAGUGGAUGUAUACAACUUUUUUAUGAGAAGGGACUGGAGAAGCCUUUUCGGGAACUCAAACUUGAAAUCAAUCAUGAGAUUUCAGAGCGCAAACUGCAGAACUACGAUGAGAAUGGAAGGAUACACAGCGUGCGGUUGGAUCGCACAACAUACAAGGAGAAAAAGAAGUAUCAGCCUAAGCCAGCCAUUGCACACACUGCAGAGAGAGAGCAAAUUAUCAAACUUGGGACUACAGAUUAUGAAGACUUCCUUAGCUUCAUCACUGCUGUGCAAGACACACUGAUGAACUUGCCAGCUUCAUCAACGGAUCUGAGCACAGUAGGACUGAAUUAUCAGGAAGAAGAAAUCACUGUGGAUGUCAGGGAUGAGUUUCAUGGCAUCUUGGCCAAGGGAGAUAGUGUGAUUCUCCAGCACAGUGUGCUGACUCAUAUCUAUGUUCUCAGCUUCCUUUCUGGCCUGGCAGAAUGCAGACUGGGCCUUAAUGAUAUCCUGAUCAAAGGGAAUGAAAUAGUUGCAAGGCAGGAUAUUAUGCCUACUACUACCACUAAGUGGAUUAAAUUAUACAGCUGCCGGUUCCAUUCAUGUGUGGAUGAGGAUAUGUUUAAUAACUCCCGUAUUAUCCUGUUCAACCCGCUGGAUGCCUGUCGGUUUGAACUGAUGCGAUUCAGGACUGUCUUUGCUGAGAAAAGUUUGCCUUUUACUCUGAGGACAGCUGCCAGCAUCAAUGGUGCUGAGGUGGAGGUGCAGAGCUGGCUGAUGAUGUCCACGGGGUUCUCUUCCAAUCACGACCCUUUAACUCAGGUCCCUUGUGAAAACGUGAUGAUCCGCUACCCCGUGCCAAGUGAGUGGGUGAAGAACUUCCGCAGGGAGAGUGUCCUGGGGGAGAAAUCUUUGAAAGCCAAGGUGAACAAGGGAGCCACUUUUGGAUCAACCAGUGUGUCUGGUUCUGAGCCAGUAAUGAGAGUAACUUUGGGAACUGCCAAAUACGAGCAUGCCUUUAAUUCCAUCGUAUGGAGGAUAAACCGACUGCCUGACAAAAACUCAGCUUCUGGCCAUCCUCACUGCUUUUUCUGUCACCUGGAGCUUGGCUCUGACCGGGAAGUGCCUUCCAGUUUCGUCCGCUAUGUAGAUGUGGAAUUUGACAUGCCCACCACUUCUGCAUCCAAAGCCACUGUUCGGUCCAUCUCUGUCGAGGACAAGACCGAUGUGAGGAAGUGGGUCAACUAUUCAGCACACUACAGUUACAAGGUCGAAAUAGAGCAGAAAAAAAGCUUGAAUGAGGAUCUGAAGGGAGAAAGUACUGCAAAUGUCAAUGAAUGUGCUACACAGUAAAGGAAGAUCAUUCCGCAAGUCCCAAGAGGGGUGGUCAAAUUAACAGACCUGGAAGAAAGGACUUGAAGGGGUUGGGUAUUUUUCUUUUAAAAAACAAGAGACUACUACUUUUAAAAUAAUGCUUUGAGGAGUAUAUUUUUUUUUCUUUGUGAUAAUCUGUACUUUGAGAAGAAUGUGGUCAGUAGUUUGGAAGGAAUCCACGGGCUUUUGCUGGAACGGUAGAAGUACAGUUGUACAGUCAAGCCUGCCUUUUCUGCCUUUUCAUCAUUUAGGUUCUGCACUCAAGUAUGGUCUGGCAACCAUCGCAGCCACACCAGAAAACAGCCUUUAUCACACGAUCUUGCCCUCCCACAUGAAGCAUUUUGUUUCAAUGCCUUUCGGUUUGGCCACUCACUGAAUUGCUUCCUUCUGAACUGCCAAAUAAAAUUCAGGGAGGAUCAAGUGAAAAAUUAUAUAAAAUCUCCUUUCUGAAAUGGUCCACAGAGGGAAAACCCUGAGCAUCAUUCUGGAGAAUCAAUACACUGUAUGACACACUCCUCUGAAAUAAAGAGAAUGGUCUUUGUGUUUUAGUAGAUGAACUACAGACAGGAGAGCUGAUCACAGAGCUGUUCCUCUGUUCAGCCCUUCUUCUCUCAUCCCUUGAAUGACAGCAUGUCACUGUGCACGUUUUCACAGGGUUUGCACAAGUUACAAGAAAGCCUCUGCAAUUUCUUAAAAUUUUUAUUUUGUAGUCUGAGCCGUUCUGGUAUUUGGACUGAACAUGGUUAUGGCUGCUAGCAACAAGGAAUGUGUGUUACAAUAAUGGAGAUACUGGAGGGACUUCGCUGAGAUUAGAUCAUUCCUGCCUAGAAAGAUACUUAAGGGAAAAACAUGGGGUUUAGUUUUGGGUUUGGGAUUUUUUUGUAUGUUUGCUAGGAUGGGUAAAAUGGGUGGUCAUUAAAAAUGUCAGAACACAAUUACUUUAACAGACAAUGUUGUUUGUUUUCCUGAAAAUCCUUGGAAGUCUGUCCAGUACAAUAGUAUUUUCAUGUUCUGUCUUGAACCUACAACGUAAGUUGUAGUAACAACAAAAAGUACAAAGUAACUUGUAUCUUUAUAAUUAUGUUUAUAAUACUCCCAUUAACUGGGCCUCAGAAUCUCUUUCCAAAAAUUAACAAGCUUCUAUCAUUGAGAUUUUUCAUCUCCGCUUAGCUGUAAAUAAUAGCAAGUCUUAAAACCUCUUUCUAAAUAAAAAUGCAGAAAACAUAAAUCAGUCAUUUACACAUAUUUUCAGAGAAAACAGUGUUAAAAGUACCCAUUUUUAGUUGUUUCUAUGGCUUGUGUAAUAUUUUGUCUCGUAAUGUUAAAUGUAAAGUAAGUAAUUUAUUAAAUCAUUUAUCUUUUGAAAGGUUACUACUGACUAUAAAAUACACAUUUGGAAAACUUUGGCAAUGUAAUUUAAAAGCAUAAUGAAUGAAAUGAAAGAUUUUUUAUAAAUUUAUUUCAUUUUACAUUUAAUACAAAAAAAUAGUACACUCUUGAUUUACCACUUUCACUGUGACUCCUAUAAAAUUAAUACAGUGUUAAAAUCCCAAAUAAACCAUGAAAUUAAUUUCAAUGAGUCUGAAACUGGUAGUGGUAGAAUUUGAAAUAAAUUGUAGGGAACUUAAAAAUGCCUUUUUUAUAUACACCUGUAUUUCAAGCCUGCAUCACUCGAGUGAUAGAUACUUACACAGGUACAGCACUGUAAAUAUGUAAAGUCUCAGUCUUCUAGGGUUUACUAACAAGCCUGUAACACUCCAUUGCAGGUAGCCCUUCUGGGCCCAGGGUGCUCCUUGGAGCUCACCAGUUAAUACUAAGCAUUUGCAACAUCUGUCUGUAAAUGGGAGAAUGCUAUUAACUUCUGUGAAGAAUUCUGAGCUCAGUGGAUUAAAAUUUCUGAUACUAUUAAUGAUAACUUGUAUAGGUUGUGAAAUACCUGACAGCACAGGGCUGAAUUUGUGACUGAUUCUCAGCUGUGGCACAGCCUGGCUGUGAUGAGUUGCAUGGCAGCUCCUCUACAAAAUUCACUCCUGUUCAAAGGCAGUCAAAGAAUUUCUGCAUGGACUUCCUGCAUUUCACUGCAGCUCUUAAUGUACAGUUUCUGAAAUGAUAUCAUCAAGAAAUAAAAAAAAAAAACGAAAACAAGCUGAAGCAGUGCUGAGAUGUUACUGAGAAAAUGUGAGAAUAUUUUUUGAAAGAAAU